UCGCGAGUGUAUCGCGAAGCGAGAUCGCGGUUCAACAAACAGCGAACGCAGCGCGCAGACCGCGCUGUGUCAUGUUUCUUUCUCUCUCCUCGCAAGAAAAAAAAAUCAAGUGUAUACAAGACAGUAAAUUUGAAAAAAAUUAUCGAGAACAUCUGGAACAAGGAUUAUCUCACUCUCUCGUGUGAAGUCAGUUACCUGUUAAUCGCGCUGUGCGAAUCAUCGAUUCAGUGAAUGUAUUACGCGAGUCUGUAAUCGCUGACACGUAAUAUUUGAUCAACCGUAGCGCCAUCCACGUGGCCUUCGCUAAGGCGCAAUCUACGGCGCUAAGUUCGAACAAAAGAAACGAAGAAGAACCGGGGAUUGCAGUUCGAUGUGAAAAUACAAUAGAAAAAGACUGUACUUGUUUUAUAUUUUGCGCGAACAAGCGAAGAAGAGAAGGAUACGGUUUUGUCAUCUCUAUUAUCGCAUUUGUUGAAUUAUCGACAUAUCGACCGUUGUUGUUAUUUAACAUUCGUUAACGAUACUUUUUCAUUCUUGAAAAAGUCCUGUUUUAAAAGACAAAAUUCGUCGUUUAGAUUUCGAAGAAAAAUUGAGAGGAAGAAUAGUCGAGAAUGUGACGUUACAAAACGUACAAUAAAAACGACGAGAUAACGUGAAAAACAGAUAAACUUGUUUAUUGGCGCGCGCGCGUAUGUUCGCAACGUGUCUCGCUCGCUUGAUGCGGUAAUAAAACUUGUUGCUUGUCGCGUCCGUCUGAUAAAGUGAAGAGCGACUGAUAAGACGAGAGACGAGUUGAUUGGCCGACCGUAAUUGACUAUAUAGAAACGAACGGAAUUAAUCACAUGUCUAUCGUCGCUGGUAAAGCAACGCUCAGUUGCUUUUGCGAAUUUUUAACGAGACGCACAACAUUUUCCGUUUUUCGCACCGUCGUCGCCGGCAGCAGAAUGAUGCGCGCCGAUACUCAGGAUUACGACCAGAAGGUCGUGCCUAAGGACGAAGUCAUUAGAUUCAUCGUGGACUGCAUGUGCAAAGCCGGCACCACUUCGGAAGACGCGUUCACCGUCGGUCAUCAUCUGAUGACCGCGGACUACAGAGGUCACUUCAGCCACGGAAUGAACCGGAUGCAGAUGUACGUACAGGACAUAGAGAACAGGAUCACCGAUCCUGCCGCACGUCCGCAAACCGUCACCGAUUUUCAGGCGAUAGCUCUCGUGGACGGCAAGAACGCGCUGGGCCAGGUUGUGGGCAAGUAUUGCAUGGAGCUCGCCAUCGAGAAGGCGAAGAAAUUUGGCAUCGGCAUGGUAACCGCGCGGGGCUCCAAUCACUACGGCAUCUGCGGUUACUACACCAAGAUGGCGAUGGAGCAGAAUCUGAUCGGUUUCGCCUGCACGAACACGAGCCCGCUGAUGGCGCCGACGCGCAGCUUGAAGGCCGGUCUAGGUACAAAUCCCAUGUCCCUCGGGAUGGCCGCUCAUAACGACGAGUUUGUUCUCGACAUGGCGACCACCGCCGUCGCUCUCGGCAAGAUCGAGCUGGCCAUUCGGAAGGGUGAGAAUAUUCCGGAGGGCUGGGCGCUCGACGCCGACGGCAAAGUCACCCGCGACGCCGAAGAGGCGUACAAAGCCUCUCUGCUGAUGCCGCUCGGUGGCACGGAGCGCAAUUCCGGUUACAAGGGUUACGGUUUGGCCCUGAUGGUCGAAGUGCUCUGCGGCAUUCUCAGCGGAAGUCAGUUCGGGCCGAACAUCCGCGCCUGGAAGACGGGCGACCGAGUCGCCGAUCUUGGACACUGCUUCAUGGCCAUUAAUCCGGAGGCGUUCGCGUGCGGUUCGAAGGAGAGAUUGUCGACCUUACUCGGACAAUUGCGCGGCUUGCCCAGAGCCGGCGAGGAGCCUGUUCUGAUAGCGGGAGAUCCCGAGAGACAGCACAUGAGCAAGGUCGACAAGGACGGCGGCAUAACGUAUCACCCGAAUCAGCUAAAGGCUUCCGAGGAGUUUGCCGAGCACAUGGGCGUGCGACCGAUGAAACUCGUUCCCAGAUCCGCUGAUUGAUUCUUUUGUAAAAAAAAAAAAACAAAAAGAUCGCUAAACUAAUCUAUAUCUUAUACAUAUCCUCGGUUGUUGUAAUCAUUCGGAUUAUGAAAGGUAAUUGGGAAGAGAUAUUUUGAUACUAAAAUUUUAUGUAGAUCUGUGUUUUUUAUCGCAUAAAUAAUAAUUAUUAUUCUCGUCACGGCUUGUUGCUUUUGCAAGAAUUCUAUUGGUACGUGUUUUUUUUUUUCGAUAACUGCUGCGAGCACGAUAUAUCGUUGAUGUAAGAUUUACAAAACUCACUUGAUCGCCGAGCAAGUUAGUAUAGGUACUCCGCAAAUGUUUGUUAGGAAAUCACAGUUCGCGUGUGUGCAAUUCGAUAGUUGACGAAUAUGAACACGAUGCUCAUUCACGAUGACAUAACCGUCGGUUGCGAUUUGAUCGCCAACCGAUGAUGAUGACGGCGGCCUUGGACUUGUCCGGCUCAUUCUCGAUUACAGUUGUUACGUCUUUAUACGUGUGGGUCUCAUCGAUAAUAUAUAACACUCGGCACUGAGAGAUUAUUGGAAACAAACAAGUCGCGAAACAUUAAGCGGAACAUUCAUGUGAUCCAUUUUUGAAAACGUUUUAAAUUUCACCAAUUGCGCGCAUGACUUGUCAAUCAUGCGCGCGAUAAGCGAAAUCUGCAAGAAGAUUAAUUUUGAUGUGGAAAUGUCUUUGUUUCAUCUUCGUGUUUUAUAGCGAUAUAUAUUUUGUACUCGUUUUACAUCGAUAUUGCGUAAGAUAAUAAAUUUUCUUUCUGCUGAAAC